GCUGUCAAUCAAACGCGAUUAAGCUGUCAGACGCGCAGGACUCGGCUGCGAAGUGUCGUUCCAAAAUGGUGUUGGACCCGCGUGGAGAGGUGGAUGUUAGCGACGAGCAAAUAGAAGUGUGUGAUAACAAAAACCAGGAGCUGAAUUCACCAAGCCAGACCAGCAGGGAGAUGGAGAAUUCGGUAUCCACCAAUAACAGUGAAGAGGGAUCCAGACCCGACCAAUCAGAGAGUGAGGAGAGGACCUUCGUGAGCAAUCUGUAUCGUUUUAUGAAGGAUAGAGGGACGCCUAUAGAAAGAAUUCCUCAUCUUGGUUUCAAACAGAUCAACCUGUGGAAAAUCUACAAAGCUGUGGAGACGCUGGGAGGAUAUGAUGCAGUAACAGCGCGCAGGCUAUGGAAGAAUGUGUAUGACGAGCUGGGUGGAAGUCCAGGCAGUACAAGCGCAGCCACCUGCACACGCAGACAUUAUGAAAGGUUGGUGUUGCCCUUUGAGCGACAACUGAGGGGAGAGGAGGACAAACCGCUGCCACCUACCAAACCUCGCAAACAAUACAAGAGAAACCCAGAGAACAGGGUGAGCAAGCCAGAGAGCAAGAAAAAGAGAAAGAUGGAGAAAGAUGAAUGUGAGGAGAAAUUAGGAUCAGAUCAUUGCUGUGAUAGGGGUUUGUGUUCCUAUCGCUGCCAGUGGUCAACAUCCUCCGACCGUUCAGACGCUGACCAGUCAUCAACAUCCUCAGUCCAUGGUGCCCACCCCAGAGCCUGCUCCAGGGAGAACCCCCUUCUUCAGAGUCCCACCCCUUCUGAGGUCAUCUCCCCUUUAGAGAAAAAGAAGCGUCUGGCUCAGGCCAGUCUCACCAUGCCUGUUUCUGGUACUACAGAAGAUGGGGCGGAACUAGAGAGACCCUCGGUUAUUCAUCUUUCCCAUUCCUCCCAGUCCCCUUCCUGCCCAUCCUCGACUCGCACCCGCCACUCCUCCGAUGGCUCGCCUCUCCCUGUCUCUUCUCCAUCUUCUUCCUUUUCCCGCAGCCCUUCUCCUUACUCAGUCUCUUCCGAAGACUGCAUAGCCGUGACAACCCAAACGUCCCCUGUUAAAGAGACUGAGAGUAAAAUGCCAUCCCGUGUAUCUACUGUUCCCAUGUCAGAGGCUAGUAGCACCGUAGUGCGCAAGCCUCUGAGUUGUUACCCGAACAGCAAAGAUCUCGGCAACUACCAACGGCACCAUUACCGGGAAUACAUGGCGGUUGGUCCAGCACACUCCGAAAAGUCCCAGAAGGGUCUUGCGGCAUGGAGCUUGGAUGGUAAAUCCGGCGCCAGAUUUGCGGCCCUCAGGCUACCCUCACCCACCUUAUACAACAGUAAAGCCUGCUGGAUCCCUCGUGGCUCUAGCUUCUCCGAAGUCCUACCACGCAGUGAUCCAUGCAGGUCACUCCAGCAUGUCUUUAAACCGCACAUGUCUUACCACCAGCAACUCGUUAAGAGGCCCACCACAGACGAUCCCUACUUGAGGAAGAUAACAGUGGCACCUCCGUUUACUAUUAUGGAAAAGAAGGAUAGGGCAAAGACAGUGUUGCCCAAGCCUCAUUCAACUCCGCAGUAUUUUUACCACCCCCCUGGCAGUCUGACGAUACCUCACCUGCCAGAGAGACCUCGGGGAGACAUAAUUGAACAGUUUAAAGCUCUACCACUACAACCUGUCCUUCUUCCUACACAUCUUCCUAUCCCACCAGCAACCCAUACUAUGCAUUGCCCACCAAUGGCCACGUCUUUUCCCAGUUCAUACGAGGCCACCCUGCCUUCCUAUCCGUACCCGUUACAAUUUUGGCAUCCACCUGCUGGAUAUAGCAUGGCAGGGCUACAACCUUAUUGAUCCAUACGGAUGUGAUACUGCUGGUCCUUACUGUCUGAACUUCUUUAGUGCUCAUGAAAUAAAAAUGGACCUUAUUUAUUUUUUUAAUACAUACAAUAACAUUUUAAGAAAACUUUAUAAUAUUGUUACAGAUACAAGAGUUAACGUAACUUAAAGGGAUUGUUCGCCCUCUUGUCAUUUCAAACCUGUAUGACUUUCUGACAUUUUGAAGAAAGUUUGUAACCGAACAGCGCCGGAACCCAUUCACUUCACAGACAUUGUAUGGACACAAAACCAAUGCAAGUGAAUGGGUGUCGUGGCUGAUGACAGAAUUUUCAUUUUUGGGUGAACUAUCACUUCAGGGAUUUCUUGCAAACUAGCGGUGACCCUAGUGUUUCGUAUAUUUCACUAAUGUGUAUCUCAUGCUCUGGCUCUUAAAAUACUUUUGGCUGACAUCACCAAAGUCACUUAAGUUUCCACCAAUGGAAAGAGUGGUUCAGUGGGUGAGCAAAUAUCAUUGCUAUUAGAAAACAUGAGGAAUAUUACAUAUUUUGAUAAAUUAAUGCAAAGAAUAAUAUCCUCUCAGGGAAAAGCAACUUAUAUAAACUAAUAUGCUUUAGGGUUCAGAGAACAGUUUGUGUUUUUCCUUUAAACUGAUAAAUCUGAUAAAGGGCUAGCCUAUCAUUAAUUCUGGUGUAUUCAUGUAAAAUGUAGACAUUCUGCAAAACAAAAAAUCCUAAUCAUAAUCUUGUUACGCCAUUUUAGGCAUUCCGUUUCUUUUUAUGCCACUUUGUUUAACACAAAAUUGAAUGUCCGACUGAAUACUGCAUGUACAGCAUAUUUUUUUGUAUAAAAUAAAUUCACUCUU